UAGGAACAUUAAUCAACAUCGAUGUGGAAGCUGGCUGCUUUAAGCAGUCGAGUGGCCUGCUUUUUCUUAUAUAAAAUUUUUCCUGCGUUUCGAUUGUAAUCCAAUCAUUUCUGGGUACUAACUGUCAACCACUAUUGUUGAUGAACAUGCCCAGCAAAAAGAAAAAAUAUAACGCCCGAUUUCCGCCCGCCCGGAUAAAGAAGAUAAUGCAAACAGAUGAAGAAGUUGGAAAAGUGGCUGCACCUGUUCCUGUCAUCAUCUCUCGAGCAUUGGAGCUUUUUGUAGAGUCUCUCCUCACCAAAGCUGUACAGAUCACAUCAGCCAGGAAUGCUAAAACACUCAGUCCUGCUCAUCUGAAGCAAUGCAUUCUUGCUGAAAGUCGUUUUGACUUCUUGAAAGAUCUGGUCCUUACAAUUCCUGAUGUCCAGACAGAAGGUGAAGAUAAUGGGAUAACUAGCGUGCCCUCGACACCCACUGCUCAACAGGCGCAACCAUUAGUUUUCCGAUCUCUUAGCGAAGCGGGGUCAUCUUCAUCCACUAACAAGAGUAAAGGAACCGGAACUGGGAGGCCCAGAGGUCGUCCAAGAAAAAACCCAGCCGCUCCCGGAUCUACUGCGCCAAACAACCAAAGGAAAUGGGCUGGUAGAAAGUCAGACAGUGAAGAGACCGAUUCAGGCGACUCGGAAGAUGACGACGAUGACGAAAACAGUAGCGACACGGAGUCAUUGCCUAAAGGGCCGUCGUCGUCCAAGAAUGGGAGAGAUAUAGCGUUAGCCACUGCCCAUCAAGCAGCAUUUCAGUUCAAUGCCGUCCAGCCCAACUUCUACCAGGAAAUUGGCGGUCAAAAUAACUCGUCUUAUCAAAUUCAAAUUAACUUACCUCCUGAAACGGCUCCAAGAGAGAGCGAUAAAAUCGGCAAUGGCCAAGAAAAAGAAGUCGCACCCGCUACCGCGCAUCAUGCCAAUAACGACGACGAUGACUACGAUACAUAAUCAAGUACGAAAUGUCUCCCACUUUUGUCUGUUCUCUCUCUCCCCUCCCCAUCUUCCCCAAUCGAUUUGUCCCCAUCGUCUGAUAUUAUAACCUUCGGUAACCACAGAAUCUUCUCUUUCCAAGCAUCACGGAUCCACGCCUUCCCCUCAAACCAUCAUCUCCCCACAUGCUGCACAAUUGAAAUAGUUUUUUUGUUUGUUCUUUUUUAAUUUUCGUUUUUUUUUUUCUUUGAGGGGAAGUAUUUUUCGAAAUUUCCAAGACUUAAUCCUUUAUUCAGUGCUGUGAAAUAAAUGCGCCCAUGGGAUGAUGUUGACCAAAUGUGUUACGUCCUUCAGGUGUGAAACCACCA